AUGACCUAUCACACCACUCUGGAACUGCUUGGUCAUUCACAUAGAUUUGUCCCAAACUACGCGUGUCGCACUCAGAAAAAUCUCAUAGCCGUCAUUGGGGGAAUUAAUGCUGAUAUCUCUUUCCACAUGGCAGAGCUCUUAAGUCAGUACAAGGUUCCACAGCUUACCUUUGGCUCAUUUUCCCCAGAAAAAAGUGAUGUAACCCAGGUCCCUUCCUUUUACAGAAUGGUCCCGAAUGAAGCGCAUCAGUUUAUUGGGAUUAUUGGGUUACUGCAGCAUUUUGGAUGGACCUGGAUUGGGAUCUUUGCUGUUGAUGAUACUGGUGGAGAUCAUUUCUUGCAGAUCUUGGAGCCAUUGCUUUCUAGUAAUAAAAUCUGUUCAGCUUUCACAAAAAGGAUCCCAAAACAAGGACUUUUACUUUUGCUCAAUGAUCUGGCUGAUAUGGCCUCGAAUAUUUAUCCAUAUAUCAUAGAAGAAAAAGUCAAAACAUGUCUCAUCUAUGGUGAAAGCAUGACUCUUCUAUGGCUGAGCACCUUCGUAGCUCUAGCAGAUUCCGGACACAUGGGAAAUGGAACUUUUGGAAAGGUGUGGAUUACAACCGCACAGAUCGAUUUUUCAGUAACGGGCUUCCUAACUCGUAGGAAUUUUCAUAUAUUCCAAGGGACACUUUCCCUAGCUAUCCAUUCAAAUACACUUUCAGCCUUCCAGACAUACCUUCACAACAUAAAACCUUAUUUCAUGCAUGGGGAUGGUUUUCGUCAGGGCUUCUGGGAAAAUGCCUUUGGUUGUUUACUUGCAUCUCCCAGGGCACCCAUGGAGUUAGAUGGAAUCUGUACUGGGGAGGAGAGACUGGAGACCCUUCCGGGUCUUAUCUUUGAAAUGGACAUGACUGGCCACAGCUACAGCAUCUACAAUGCUGUCUAUAUGGUGGCACAUAGUUUGCAGACCAUGGAGGCAUCUAGAUCCAACCACAGAAUGAUGCUGCAGGGAGAAAUUGAUGAAGAGUUCCAACAUUGGCAGCUGCACUCGUUUCUUCAAGGCAUUUCAUUUAAUAAUUCUGGUGGAGCAGCUCUAUACUUCAAUGAAAAUUGGGAAAUACUGGCUCAAUUUGAUAUACUGAAUGUGCUCAUAUUUCGAAAUACCUCCUUUCUUAGAGUGAAAGUUGGAAGUGUUGACCCCAGUGCUCCAGAAGGAAAAGAAGUUACCAUCCAUGAAGAUAUGAUUGUGUGGCACAGAAGUUUUAACCACAUGCUUCCCCUCUCUGUGUGCAGUUUAUCCUGCAAGCCUGGUUACCAGAAUAAAAGAAAGGAGAGUGAGAAGUUUUGCUGCUAUGACUGCAUUAAGUGUGCAGAAGGAAUGUUUUCCCAUGAAAAAGAUAUGGAUGACUGCCUGAAAUGCCCUCAAGAUCAAUAUCCAAAUAAGGAACAGGACAAAUGCAUCCCCAAACUGACCACCUUCCUCUCCUAUGAAGAACCUUUAGGGGUCAGUUUAGCCGUGGUUGCUGCUCUCUUUUCUUUGGUCACACUCCUGGUGUUGGGAAUAUUUAUUAAGCACAGACAUACCCCAAUAGUCAAGGUCAACAACCAGGAUAUCACCUAUACCCUCCUCAUCUCUCUCCUGCUCUGCUUCCUUUGCUCUUUCCUGUUCCUUGGAUAUCCCGGGAAUAUUAACUGCUUUCUCAGACAUUCUGCUUUUGGCAUCAUAUUCUCAGUAGCUGUUUCGUGUGUGCUGGGCAAAACUGUCACUGUAGUUCUCGCUUUCAUGGCCACCAAACCGGAGUCCAGCAUGAGGAAGUGGGUGGGGAAAAAGCUGUCCAAUUCCGUUGUCUUUUUCUGCUCCCUCAUUCAAGUAGGCAUCUGCAUAAUGUGGCUAGGAACCUCUCCUCCAUUCACCCACAUUGACAUGCAGUCACUCACCAAAGAGAUUGUUGUGAAAUGCCACCUAGACUCUGCCAUUAUGUACUAUUUCGUCUUGGGCUACGUGGGUCUUUUGGCCGCCAUCAGCUUCAUGCUAGCUUUCCUUGCCAGGAAGCUGCCUGAUACAUUUAAUGAAGCCAAGUGCAUCACCUUCAGCAUGCUGGCAUUUUGCAGUGUGUGGCUGUCCUUUGUUCCAACUUAUUUGAGCACUAAGGGGAAAUACGUGGUGGCUGUGGAGAUCUUCUCUAUUUUAGCCUCCAGCGCUGCCCUCCUGUGCUGUAUCUUCUUCCCAAAAUGCUUCAUUAUAUUGCUGCAGCCUGGUCUGAACAGCAAGAAGCAUCUUAUAAGAAGGAAAACAUAG